AUGGCAGAUAGUCUUCUUGAUAACUACAAUCCUCUCUAUGACAUCCAUCUUCGGCAAUACUUCGCGUUGCCCCAUAUGCAAAAACAUCUUCAAAAAAUGGGAUUGCUGGAGUCGACGUUGAAUCUGAAUGGCGAUGAGGUUUAUGCUAGACACCAUGCGAUGAUGGAUAUGAUGUUGAAGAACAGGGAGGCUCAGUUGAUGAAAAUGGCAGAGCUUCGCAAAAAGCUUGACGCUGCUGAGAAGGUGGAGAUUUGUCGACGCAUUCGAAGUGGACAAAGCCCGGAAUCCUAUCGUAGAGGAAAACCAAGCCGCAGUCUCAGUCGAAGCCGCGCGGCACAAAAGAGCGGAAGGCAGAGACGAUUUUCGAACAGCUUCGAAGACAAAGAUUUUGUGCAACAUAUUGAAGAACAAAACGCCGAUCCAUCGGAUUAUGACACCAGGGAUCCAUAUAAGAGACUUUCAGCAAAUGCUAAACGGUUCAAUUAUCUUCAUAAGCUUGAUGAUCCCACUCUUGUUGCUUACAAGGACAACUUGAAAAAACAACUUCAAAGACUUGAGCGAUUCCGCGAAAUUUCGUUCGGACCACAUUCGGUGGCGCGUCAACCUCCACCACAACAAGCAUCGUGGUUUUUCCGAAGAAGGUCAUUGCCUAGUCUAACAGCUUCUGCUCCAGGGAAUACCCUGAAGGACCCGUUAAGAAGUAUAAUGAGCAUGCGGGGAAGAAAACCAAUUGCGAGCACGGGUAACAAAACAAAUGCAGGUCACGAUAGCCGAACGAGUUGCCCACCAACGACGCGUAAAAGAAGAGAUUCAAAUCCAAGACUUCCACCAAUUUCGGGCAGCAAACCAAAAACAAUGAGACCUUCUCCGAGUGGCACUGCGUCAAAGUUGCCUCCGACCGGCAAAAAGCAAUCACCUUCCCGUGGUCGACCAAUUAACAAACGGCUUACAACAUCUACAAAAACCAUUGAACAGAAGACGGUUCUUCCACCUGUCACAGGACAUGCAAUCAUUGGCGGAGCAGCAAUAGCGACUGCAGCUGCUAUUCCAGUCCAAAAACUCAUUUCCGAAAAACCAGCAUCACCGGAACCAAUAAAGCCGCAGACUCUACCACAACAACACUCUCCGGAUUUGGAAACGCAAAAGACCUUUGACCGCUCUUCACCGUCGGAUGAAGCGAGAUACCAGGAACCAUCGCAGCCACCAAGUCCUGAAGUGACCCUUGAAAAUCGACGCCCGACUCCUGCUGCAAGUCCAGUUGAUUCUCAUGACGAAAACCAUACAAAUGGUGAAGAGGCUUCCCAUGUUAAUGAAGCGUUUUCCGAUGGAGAUGAGGAAAUUGGAGAUGCUAAACCGGAAUCUUUAAUUGCUAGUCCGCAGGUGGCUCAACGUGAAAAUGGUGAUAAUUUUGAUGAAAAUGUGAUUCUCAAACCGGAAUCUCCUGAUACGUUUUCCGUCGCCGAUGAAAUCAUUGUACCACAUAAUGUGGAGGACGUUAUCACACAACACAUUGUUGCUUCCCAAAAUACGUCAAACCUAGAUUCUGAUAGUGAAUCGGAGCCUGAGUAUGCGGAGGAAGACAAGGAGGAGCUUGCCAAAGAUAUUGGUCACAAUAUUGACAAUUACGAGCAUCACUAUUCUGGAGAUGUCCCUGAAUUGAAGAUUGAUCAAUUCAACAGCAAGGAGCCAUCAGAACAGGCUUCAGGACCUGUUUCUGAACACGAUUCUCAACCAAUGUCUCCAAAAGAAGAAAAUGAGAAGAGCGAACCAAUUAAUUCACCUGAAAUUUGUGUUCAUGAAGCUCAGGAUAAUCAAAAGACGGAAGAAAAUGCCAAUAAUGAGCAAAAUUCUCAAAGAUCAUCUUCACCGGAAGCACACAAAGAGCACGACUUUAUCACUGACAAACCGAAUGAAGAAGUUCACAAUGAACUCCAUAAAAAUGAAGAUCAUUCUGAACAAUAUCAAUAUGAACGUUCUCAUGAUAAUACAAGUGUGGAUGAGGAGAAGAUUCAAUCUGAAGAACAUCUCGAGCAACGCGUUGAGGAAGAUAGCCUUCCGAAUUUUGAAAAAGGUGAAGGUAUUGAAGACGAGGCAAUUAAGUACGACGUUCAUCAGCAAAUGGAAGAAAAAUCAUAUGAUUCAAUACAUGCAGCUGAACUUAAAGCUGAAGACGUCCUUAACAAUGAAGAAAUUAGCGAUACUAUCGAAAUUCCAGAAAGAGAGCAUGAAUCUCCUGAACCGGAAGAUCACUUGUCUCAAAUUGAACAAAAUUCGCCGGAACCGCAACGUCGUUCCCCAGAAGUAGACAACCAUUCCGUUCAUGAGAACCACACUGCAGAAAUUGAGCAACAUUCUCCAAAUCGUCAGAAUCAUUCUCCAGAAGUUGAGCAUCGCACCCCCGAGAUUGAACAUCAUUCUCCAAAACUCGAUCAUCACUCUCCAGAACUAGAACAUCACACUGUCGAUCUUGAACAUCGUUCUCCAGAGCUCGAGCAUCACUCUCCAGAACUUGAGCAUCACACUGUCGAUAAUGAACAUCAUUCUCCAGAGCUCGAGCAUCACUCUUCAGAACUUGAGCAUCACACUGUCGAUAAUGAACAUCAUUCUCCAGAGCUCGAGCAUCACUCUCCAGAACUUGAGCAUCACACUGUCGAUCUUGAACAUCAUACUACAGAGCUUGAGCGUCACACUUCAGAUAUUGACUAUUCCUCUCCAAAUCAUGAUCAUCCCUCUCCAGGCAUUGAGCAGACUUUUGAAUCCGCAGACAUUCGUGUCGAUAUUGAAAAAAAUAUCACAAGUCCUCGUGACCAUUUCACUGAAGCGAUCAGCCAAGAAGCAGACAGUGAGGCGGCGAAGUUAAUCAAUGAAGCACUUACGGAUGCGCCAGCCCUUUUGGAAAUGGCUAAGAAUUAUGAAGAUCAACAUCCUAAUGAAGCUCAACAGGAACAUACCAUUAAUGAUCACGAGCAGAAAAUUGCUCUCGAUCCUGAUCACUAUGAGCUCAAUUACGAUGGAGCGCAAGAAGUUCACCCCCAAAACGAAAUAAUGACGUCAAUAUACGAAGAGAAUAGUAAAAUCGAUAGUAAUGUUGCCGAUGAUGUUACCCAAUCGCGAUCUUCAUCUCCGGAGGCACAACUCGCUUCGGAGCCUGCAGUUUCGUCAAUUCCGCACAUGGAGGAGCACGAUUGGGUAGAGAAAAACAAGCAUAUCCAUCAAGUCACCACUGAAAAUGAAUUUGUUACCGAAAGCGGCGACCGUGUUAUUGAGAAAUCUGAAGUAAUCUCAAUUCGCGAAACAAAUCACGAGGAUAACGAUGUGAUCCAAGAUAAUCAAACGCAUGAAAUGAACGUUGACAACGGAUCUAGCGAGUCGUUGGUUAUUCAUGAUUCGCCGGAUCAAAUGAUCCAAUCAAUUUAUCAACAAUCGGAAUCUGCAGAUGAGCAUGUCGAAGAGCACGAAUAUGAUGAUGGAAACAAAAAUAUUCAUGAAGUUAUUAAAACUUCCGAAAUUUUUGAUGAACAUGGAGUAACUAAAGUUACCCAGUCGGAAACUGUUAUUUCAACCAUGCUCAAAUCGGGCCAUGAGGAUGAUUCUGCCAACAACAAUGGAGAAAAAGAAAAACAAGAAAUUGUAGAGAAUACAAAUGGUAACAUAAAUCAUGAAUCUGCAACUAGUGGAAUCCCUACAGGAGGAAUAAUCGUAGAUGAUGAAGAGGAAGAAAAUGUUUCGUCAAUCUGA